AUGGGUAUUUGUAUUGGUUCUCUAGGAUCAACUGUUGCAUGUUGUUUUGGUAAUGCAUUUUGUUCACUUUGUUGUUCAGCAUGUCCAUCAUGUAAAGGUUCAACAUCAACACGUAUUGCUUACGGUCUUAUUCUUCUUGUUGGUCUUAUAACAUCAUGUAUUAUGUUAAUACCCGGUCUUGAACAAACAUUAAAUAAAAUUCCAUCAUUAUGUAAACAUUCCACAUCAAAUACAAAUAACAUGCUAGUACCAGCAAUUGAUUGUUCAAAAUUAGUCGGAUCUCUAGCCGUUUAUCGUCUUUCAUUUGGUAUAACAAUUUUCUUUUUUGUUUUAUCAAUAUUAAUGAUAAAAGUUAAAACAUCAAAAGAUUUUCGUGCCAAAAUUCAAAAUGGUUUUUGGGCAUUUAAGUUAAUAAUACUUAUUGGCAUGAUCAUCGGAGCGUUUUUUAUUCCAAAUAAUGGUUUUGAUUAUGCAUUUAUGAUUGUUGGACUUAUUGGUGGAUUUCUAUUUAUUCUUGUGCAAUUACUUUUAUCAAUUGAUUUUGUUCAUUCAUGGAACGAAUCAUGGGUUGAUCAUGUUGAAUUUGGAUCGAAAAAACAUGGUUAUGGUUUAUUAUUUUUUACAUUUCUUUUCUAUGCAUUAACAAUAACUGGAGUUGUUUCAUUUUAUAUUUAUUAUGCUCCAGAUCAUUCGAUUUGUCGUUUACAUACAUUUUUUAUUUCAUUCAAUAUGUUUUUAUGUAUACUAUUAUCAAUAAUAUCAAUUUUACCAUGUGUACGUGAAUAUAAUUCUUCGUGCGGUUUACUUCAAUCAUCAUUUGUUAGUCUUUAUGUGAUUUAUUAUACAUGGUCAGCAAUGAGUAAUUAUCCAGAUAGUCGUUGUAAUCCAAGUUUUAAUACAAUAAUUCAUCCAACAAAUUCAACUACACCAUCAGAUGCAAUACGACAACAAAGUUUAUCUGAUCCAAUAACAAUUAUUGGUUUAAUUUUAUUUACUUGUGCACUUUUUUAUUCAGUUAUAACUACAUCACGUAAUACUCGAGCUAAAAAAUUAUUUCUGUCAACAUCAUUAUCAUCAUUUGAUUCAACUAUAUUAGAUGAUGCACAAUUAGUUAAUUCAGUUACAGAUGAUAAAUGGAUAUUAGGUAGUGAUAAAGAACAUCAUCAACGUGUUUAUGAUAAUGAACGUGGAUCAGUUGCAUAUAAUUAUUCAUUAUUUCAUUUUAUGUUUUUACUUGCUACUUUAUAUGCAAUGAUGACAUUAACAAAUUGGUAUACUCCAGCAAAAGAUUUCCAUACAUAUAAUAAUAAUUUAGCAUCACUCUGGGUUAAAAUUGUAUCAAGUUGGUUAUGUGUAGUAUUAUAUAUUUGGACAUGUAUUGCACCAGCUGUCUUUCCUGACCGAGAUUUUUCAUAA